AUGGAUGCUGACAUAGGUUUGCCCCCUCAGUACAAGCCGGAACGCCUCCUGGGUCAAACUCCCCGUAGCUCGGUCUAUUUGGUUCGUCGGAGUGACGGAGCCGUCGUGGCCUUGAAAGAGAUUGAUCUUUCUGUCUGUGGUUCUACUGCUCGAGCAGUGGUGGAGAACCUGGAAAGCCUUUCAAAUAAGUUAAGCCAUCAAAAUUUAGUAAGUUGUCACAAUUAUACAGUUAAUGAAGAAACAGGCUACGCAUAUGUUGAAUUAGAUUAUUGCCCCGGAGGCUCCCUUGCUGACCUCUUUAAGAAACAGAGACGUCUAAUCCAGCAAAUGCCAAUUUCGCAAAUAUGGCUAAUUGCCGCCCACUUGCUUUCCGCUCUAAGCUAUCUUCACUUUUCAUACAAGCAUGGAGGCGAGGUCCGGUGUGUUACUCACGGCUUCAUCACCCCCGAGAGUAUCCUUUUAGGUCCCGCUGGAAACGCUUAUCUUAAUAUUUUUAGUACAGAUAGAAUAACUGCACGGCUAGUAGAGCCGGUAGAACAGGAGAUUCCCCUUGCAGAGCGGUGCCAGAAGGAUAUCCGUGACCUGGGUACAAUCUUUGCAAAGAUGGCCGGACUUGCUCCUCAGGACAUUCAAACCAGCGAACUCUUUAGUAGCGAACCUGGUUUGCGUUGUUUCCUCAUGGCAUGCUGUGGUCUUGGAGACGUACAGUGUUCCUCUGCCGCAGAGCUCCUUUUGUUCGACGAUAUCCAGGCCACGCUCCGUGCACAGUCGCAGACGGCAUCACGACAGACGUCCAGCACGUCGAGCAAGAUCCCUGGUCAGCUGUGGCCCCCCUCGAGCUCGCUCUCUGGAUCUGCAUCCAACGCAGCUUUAUUUGACAAGCUCGACCCUCUGCGUCGAAAUAAAAAUAGAAAAUCUAGCUCCCCUGAUCAUGAUAGCCUUCCUGUAGACGUUAAUGUAGAUGAUAACAGUGACACGGAGCUAAUCCUGGCCGUCGUACGUAACGAUCCUGACUCUGUGCGGCGCCACUUGGAUCAACUGGGCGGGCGUAAUGUAGUUGGCUGUACAGCCCUCAUGUUUGCAGCUGCAUAUGAUUACAUAGAGUGUGCACGACUGCUCUUGGACGAAGUUUGCAUGCAAGACGCGAACGGGUGGACGGCUCUGAUGGCUGCGGCCCAGCAGGGAAGCGAAGAGUGCGUUAAGCUUCUCGUUCCACACGAGGCCUGUAUAUCUGAUAUGAAUGGCUUCACUGCUCUUAUGGCGGCAGCCGCAAAUGGAAGACUGUCUUGCGUCCACUUGCUACUCGAGCAUGAAAAGGGAAUGAAGUAUGUGGACGGGAGAACGGCGCUGAUGUGGGGCGCGUUUACUGGUCAUCUUGAUUGCGCAAAGGCGCUGUUCUCUUCUGAGAGCGCUGAGAAGGACAAUGCAGGUGAAUAUGUACUGGACUGGGCACAACGUGGUGGGGAGAAGGCAGUGAUCGAGUAUAUUCGGAGCAAGAAAUAG